AUGAUGUUCCCCCCAUCCAUCCUCUUCGGCCUGGCGGUGGGCAUAGCAUCCAUUGUGCCAACUAUCGCGCAGUCCACCUGUAACGGCCAGGCGGAGUACUGUGAUCGCCGUUUUUCCAAUGUUACCCAGGUCGGCGCCCACGACAGCCCCUUCGUUGGGUCGCUCCUCUCCGAUAACCAGGAUCUCAGUGUCACCCAGCAGUUGGACCUGGGAAUCCGCUUCCUUCAGGGCCAAACCCACAAAUCUGAACUGGAUGAUACCAUCCUCCUUUGCCACACGUCGUGCCUGCUGGAGGAUGCGGGCAGCCUGGAAUCGUUUCUAACUACAGUCAAAACCUGGAUGGACAGCAACCCGGAUGAGGUGGUGACUCUCCUCCUUACAAACGGUGACAGUCUAUCGGUAUCGCAGUUCGGCGAUGUCUUCAACAGUUCCGGUAUCUCAGACUAUGCGUUCGUGCCCAGUUCGUCUCCAGACACUUUGGCCAUGGAUGAAUGGCCGACCCUACGAGAAUUGAUCGGAAAUGGCACGCGGCUGGUGUCUUUCCUUGAUUAUGGCGCCGAUGCUUCGACCGUCCCAUACAUCCUCGAUGAGUUUGCGUACUUCUUCGAGACCCCUUAUGAUGUGACGAAUGCAACUUUCCCCGACUGCAGCAUUGACCGGCCCGCUGGUGCAUCCGCCUCCGGACGGAUGUAUAUUGUCAAUCAUUUUCUGGAUGUCGACAUAUUGGGAAUCCUCAUACCCGAUAAGGAUCAUGCAUCCGACACCAACGCGGUGUCGGGGUCUGGGAGCAUUGGAGCCCAGGCAGACCUGUGCUACUCCAUAUACGACCGCUUGCCCAACUUCAUCCUCCUGGAUUUUGUCGAUUUGGGUGAGCCGAUCGCGGCUCAAAGUGAACUGAAUGGUGUUUAG